UACAAUGAACGCGUAAAUAAUAUAAGUACAUGAGCUUUUAUGUGCUCGGAGAAGAGAAACUCCAAAAGCCAAAAGCCAAUCAAAACAUUUCACAAUCUAAGUCCGAUGGAGUUUUUCUUGUUAUUCUCAGGGUUUUUGGGAACACUAAGAGAAACCCCAAAAAUCUUCUUCAAAAAUGGGAAGUUAAUGGCUUCCAUUACCUUAACCACUCUUGUUCUUUACUCCCUCAUCUAUUUGCCCAAUAUCUUCUCCAUUAAACUCUUAACGAGAUACCUCCUCAAAAAAGAACAACUUGUUCUUCUCUCAACUCCCGCUAGCCCGGAAUUCAACACUAUUCUUUUUCAUUUGAAACAAGAUUUAGGAAUUUUCAUUGAAGUGCAAUGGACUUACCUCAUUAUAAGCUCAGUUUUUUCCCUGUUCUUAUCGACUGUCACAAUUUUCGGAUCUGCCGUCAUCCAUGAAGGGAAGGGCUCAAUAAGCUUCAAGAACUUGCUAUUGAAAUCAUUAAAAUCAUGGAAAAGGCCACUCGUUACCUGGUUUUACACAACUCUUUUAGGUUCAGGCUUUUUUUGCCUUUUCUCUUUGAUUGUAUUGCCUUUGGCGCUAAUAGUCCAGACAAGUACAUUUUAUGUCUUUCUUAUACUGCUAGCAAUUCCUGCCUCAAUUUUAUAUGUCCACAUGAGUGUCGUUUGGACAUUAGCUCUUGUUAUUUCUGUUCUUGAAGAAAUUUGUGGAAAUGAAGCAAUUGGAAAGGCUGCACAAAUUGUUAAGGGUAUGAAGAUACAUGGGUUUCUUCUAAAUCUUAUCUUCACUGCAAUAUUUUCCAUUUUGGCUGAAGGUAUGAGAUGGAUUGGUAUUCCAGAAGCUAUGACGAGUUUCAAGUUGAUAUUUGGGUGUAUACUGAUUAUUUCUAUUAGCUGCCUUGUUAUGAUAGUUCGGUUAGUGGCAUAUACACUCUUCUACUUUCAAUGCAAGAAGACACAUGGAGAAGAGGUUGAAUUGCAAGUUAAUGUAGGAUAUAGUAAACUGGCCACUAAUGCUUCAUUACUUAUUGGUGAAAAUGUUCCUUGAUUCAUGCAACGGAAUUGAAUAUUGAAAAUAUUUCGUUUCUAAUUGCUUAUUUUAGUUGUUGUAUUUAUUUGAUUUUGAUUUAUUUGUAUUUACACCACAAUUGCAUUUUGUGGGAUCCAUCAAUUAAAUGCAGCAAGUUACUUUUCAGAAAA